CAGUAAUCACGUUACAACCCGGAAGAAUUGCCCUUCUCUGAAUAACGUUUGAAUAGCAAAGAAUGACCACUGUAUCUUUGGAAGAACCGAUUAACGACAGGACUGCAGAGGUCUUCCAGCUGCUAGUGGUCAUAUUUGUGUCCUAAUCUGCGGUGUGUGUAGGUGGAGGCGGCAACGCCCUGAUGCCCUCGGAGAACAAUCCCCCCGUUCUGUUUACAACCAGUCGGCUGGGAGAAACUGGUUCCCCGCAGUGGGUCGUUAGCUAAACGGUUCUGCCGUGAGUGUUGUUUAGAAGGGGGGAAAAAAAUGGCUGAACUGCAUGUCGUGGAACCGAGUGGAACGGCGACCAUAGAGCAGUCCGAACAUCGCGACGUUCGGGGUUCGAUGCGUCUGGCGUCGCCCACUCUCUUGGUUCCUCCGCGGAGCAGCAAUCAGCUUAGCCCCGGCGGAGGCGGGGGCAGCGGCAGGUCGGUGUUCGGCUUUCCGCUGAAGAGCAACCCAAGCUCGCCGUCCGAACCGUUAGACAAGCCGGGCUCACGGUGGGUUCGGCUUAAUGUUGGCGGAACCUACUUCAUCACGACCAAACAGACAUUAUGUAGGGAUCCCAAGUCUUUCUUGUUCCGACUGUGUCAAGAAGAUCCUGACCUGGAUUCUGAUAAAGACGAGACCGGAGCCUACCUUAUCGACAGGGACCCCACGUACUUCGGCCCCAUCCUGAAUUACCUUCGACACGGAAAGCUGAUCAUGGAUAAGAACCUGGCUGAGGAAGGCGUUCUCGAAGAAGCCGAGUUCUACAACAUCGCCUCCCUGGUGAGGCUGGUCAAAGAGCGAAUACGGGACAACGAGAACCGAACGUCUCAGGGCCCUGUGAAGCACGUGUAUCGAGUACUGCAGUGCCAGGAGGAGGAACUCACACAGAUGGUCUCAACCAUGUCGGACGGUUGGAAAUUUGAGCAGCUUAUCAGCAUUGGCUCCUCCUACAACUAUGGCAACGAGGACCAGGCAGAGUUUCUGUGCGUCGUUUCCCGGGAACUCAACAACUCGACGAAUGGCAUCGUUAUCGAGCCCACAGAGAAAGCCAAGAUCCUUCAAGAGCGAGGCUCCCGGAUGUGAGGAGCCGGCGAGUCGGAGCGGAACCAACGGCACCAUCAAAAACACGAGCGCACACUCCAGUUAUCAUCGGUCAGCCAGCUGCCCCCCCUCCUCCAGCGUGCCUUUCCACCGCGGAGGCUCCCCGACGCCUCCUCGUCUUUAGCGUUGCAAGGCGACCCCGGCUUCUCUCCUCGUUUCUUCUCCUCGUUUUAAAGACACGACGAGUGAGGCGAUUCUCCUCUUUGACUGUGACGAUGAAGUUUCGUUGAUCUCACUGGAUGGAUGCACAGAAUACAUCCUCUUUUCCUUUUAGCGGCUUUUAUCAGAUCUGGGAUGCUCGCUGUGCGUCACAAAUUUGGAUCAAUUCAGCAGAAACUCCGCAGGACCCGAGCAUAAAGGAAUUAAAAGGACUCCUUUGUUGUUGUUUUUUUUUUUAACCCCGGCUGCAAACGGAGCCUCGACACAGCAGAUUUCCUCGUUACUUAUAGAGACGGUGCCUAACAGGCGCAGCGUCUUCUCCGCUCGUUAACGACUCACAGAGAAGAAGGAAGAGGCCCUUUUUUUUCCUUUCCGUUUCCUGUAUGCGGCUCAUUUCGACCUGUGAAAAUUUUGAAUAUUUCCACGCAAAAGGAAGCAGCUGACUCAAAACAGACCAUUACUCCACUAGUGCACAAACGUGUCCAGGCAUGUAAGGAAUCUAUAUUAAAACCUAUAUAGUCGUCAAGAUGAAAAUAUAUGAAAUUUUGAAUGCAAACGGUGUAAUUACUGACUUCUGUAUCAUAGCUGUCCUAUAUUUACAUAUUCUUGUGGGUGAGUUUAUUUAAACAAGGGGGGUAUAUAUCAGUUUUGUUACCAAACGCCCGUUAGAGUGUGAGUUUGUGUGUGCAGUGCCUCUCUUGCUUUCUGUCCAUCACUGAAAUAUCACACUUUUCACCUGCACGUUUUCUGUAGUGUACCUGAAAAGAAAAAGGAAACAAGCAAACAAACAAAAAAACAAAGGUGUUUUACAACUUAUAUAUCCUACUUUGAUCUAUUGCAUAUCUUAAAAUUGUAAUUGGGGAUGAAGAAACCUUUCGCUCGUUGCCGUUGGAGCUUAAAAGUGUGGCGAGGUUCGAACCGUGGCCAGUCCGUAAUCUGCCUCAACACAUUUGCUGCGUCUUGUGUUUACUUCUCAGCUUUGCAGCCAAAUAUCGUCUCACAGUCUGCAGCAUGUGUAGCAGCAGCGGCGUGAGCGAACUGUCCUUAACAAAUUACAGUUGAAAAGUUUAUAUAUUGAUUUAUUCUACUAGCGGGGAUAUGUUUCAAGUGUUAAUCUCUGCUUGUUCAUUUUGAUAAAAAGAGACUUUUAGCCAAAGGAAACCUAAAAAUUCAGCUUUUCAGAAAAUUUGAAUAUUGCAUAACACCACCAAAAAUAGAACACAGUUGUUAGUUCAUGUAAUCAUGAUUGUUAACUUAAGCUGUCCAGAAGACGCUCGUCGACACUUUCCAUGUAGAAAUUAAGUCACAAAGCUCAUUGUUCACAGAAAGCUGUAGCCAAGAAUAUUGAUGGAAAGUUGGUUGGAAGUAUUAAUAAUAAUAAAAAAAAAGUACCAGAAAAAAAGCUUUAAAUAUAUUAUUGAUGUACAAGGAAGCUAGUUAAUGUGAGUUUCACUUUUUGGAUUCUAAUAUCAAUGUAUUGAUUUAGUUGAGAUAACUUAGAAAUAUAGUUUAAUGAUUAAUACCAACCAUUAGAACUGAAACUGUUAUUUUUAACUGAAAGAAAAUGCAGGACACAAAGUUUUCUGAUUAUUUAUUCUUUUUGUUUUAAAAUUUCCUGCUCGAUGAAUGACCAUAACAGGUAAUUUAUCCUAAAACACUCGGUCCGCCUCACUAAAAGAUAUCAGAUUAUUUUGGUUCUAUAACCUGGAGAAAAAUAACCACAGUAUCACUAAAUGUGCGAGAGAAAAAAUAGAAGCAAACAUGUAUCAAUAGUUCUUGUUGCUUUCAUU